AUGAUUGCCAUUGACUUGCUAAUCUAUUUCUUAGUAUUCUGGGCAAUAAUACAUAUCAUAGUACGAACAAUACAACAGAAAUUCCCCGACAAGAAAGCGCACCUCUCCCGCAACACACUCGAUAGAAACUUGCCGCUACACACACAGCAGCUUAAGCCAAAGAGUACUACUAUAGAAUCCUCUGUGUUCAACGUUCGUAUUACUACUACAGCACUAAAUCCAUUCUUCAAGUCUUUGGCAUUGAAAGCUCCCAAGUUCUGGCGAAUAUGGUUUACGAUUGGAGCGUGGGUCGGAAUGUUUGCUAUGGUAUGCGGAGUGGGACUGAUGGUGUUCGUAGGAGGGAAGUUGAUGCUCGAAUUCCUCGGAUUCCAUAGCCAUCAGCAUAAUGGCUUCCAUGGGAUGAGACGAUCUCUCUCAGUAGAACAUGAAACUUUUGAAGAAAAUUCGUUCAUAAAUUUUGUGCUUCCCGGUGUCACUCUUCCGUUGUCACAUGCUGGAUACGUGUUAAUUGGAUUGUUUAUAUGUGGAAUAAUUCAUGAAGCUGGGCAUGCAAUCGCUGCAGCAAAUGAACAAGUGACAAUUAGUAGCACUGGCGUGUUCAUACAAAUCCUAUACCCCGGUGCGUUUGUUGAUAUCCCUAUUCGAAAUUUAGCACUUCUUCCGUGUGCCAAACAAAUCCGCAUCUUUUGCGCUGGCGUAUGGCAUAAUGCAGUAGUAUUUGCUCUUGGAUGGCUUUUGAUCAGUUUUUGCGUCAUUCCGAGUGCAAUGCAAUUUAUGGGAUGGAAGUCAACUGAUGGGUUUGGAGUGAAUGUUGUCAAUGUCGACCAGGAUACUGAUCUCUAUUCUGAAGCAAAUCCAUCUGGGACGAUAACAAGACUCGAUGACUAUUUUUUAAAUGGGUCUUCUCUCGAACAAUGGACCAAAUAUCUGCGCCAACACGAGCAAUUAGAUUAUAAUCCACCAAUUAAGCCUGGUUUUUGUUCAAUGCAUUCGAAAGAAGCGUCUCUUGAAUGCUGUGCUAUUACAGCAGAUCAUCCAUUUGGAAAUGCUGAUGAUAAAGAACUAGUAUGCUUUCAGUAUGCAGAAGAGAGAGAGCCUGAUCAGAGAUUGACUUGUCUUCCGAUGAAUACAAUUAGCACUCCAGACAGUAAUCGCUGCACUUUGAAUGCUGAUUGCCCAUCCAAUGGAAGAUGCGUUAUGCCUUUUAUAUCUAAUGAAUCGCCUAAUAGAGUUGUAAGAAUUUACUAUAAACCGCCAGCAUGGGAAAAUGCUUCUGAAAAGAUUGUCUUGUAUUGGGGAGAGUUCAUUGGACUGUGGGAGAGUGUUGAAGUCAAUACGUUACAACCUCGAUGGUGGUUCAUACCGACGUGGAUUCCUAUACUCUGUGAAACCCUGCUAAGAUACAUAACAUCAUUCUCUCUAGCAUUAUGUAUAUUCAAUAUUCUACCAGCAUUUCAACUUGAUGGAUACUAUGCAAUGUCGACAGCGUUAUUGUUUUGGUUUGGCGAAGAAGAGCGUGAACAUGUCAUGCUAGGCAUGGGGAGGAGUAAAAUUGAAAAGCAGCGAAGAAAAUUGGAAAAGAUUGUUGCGAAUAGUGUUACUGUAUUACUUGCUUGGGUCAUUAUCGGAAGUCUGAUUGCUAUACUUGUGGGCUUUGAGCAUUAA